AUGCCAAAAAAGAAGAGCAAAGUUUUAUUCAAACCGACCAACAGCAAAAGAAGAGAAAAGACCGACUCUACAACAAAUCAAAAUGAAUUCACAAAGCAGGCCAUAGAAGAAAGUAUCCUAAGCCCUGUUACAAAAGACAAAUCUUCUCAACAAGAUCAAGGGGCAGAGACUAACAACAAUGAAAUCACCUCAAAAGGGAAUGAGCAUAAUCCAGGGGAGGAGCAACAAACUCAGAACAGUCGUCAAACUAUUCAAAAAAACAGAGUAGAUGGAAUAGAUAGUGUAGGACAGUGUUGUGACUCCAGUUCAUCUACUAUCCCUACUGAAAUAAGGAAUCAACCUGGUCUUCAAUUGGUCGUAGACUUAUAUGAGAACAAGGAAAAUCGCAACAACACUAAUCAAGAGGAUGAUAUCUCUGAUAGUUUUCAAGAGGCUGAGCAAUCGAAUAAUCAGAAGGAUAUGAGAAAGGAGGAUCAACACUCACAUAAUCAUAAUGAAGAUCAACAACAAACUACUAAAAGAGGAAGAAGUGAAACCAGGAAAAGUGGCAAAAGAAACAGACACAAGACUCAACCUUCUUUGAGAAGAAAUCAAAAGGAGGACAUCACCCCUAAUUGUCUCAACGAUUAG